AAGCGGGAGCGCGCUUUACGUGUCUGGUUAGUGGACUGACAGCCAGCUGUGUGGCUACAAAGACAACAACACUCUCCUGGCUUUGCUAAACACAACUAGAUUAGUCUUGAGCUGCCGCCGGUCACCAUAUCUAGUUUACGAAGUGAGGACUCGACGGCGCAAAGGAAAAAAAAUCAAAAAACAGUAUCAUCGGUGGUUUCCGUGCUAACUAGCUAGAAGAGCAUUCCUCCAACAUGAAUCCGAUUUGUAGCAGAUGUGAACAAGUCGUUUACCCCACGGAAAAAGUGAAUUGUCUGGACAAGUACUGGCAUAAAGGAUGCUUCAGCUGCGAGAUCUGCAAAAUGACUCUAAACAUGAAGAAUUACAAAGGCUUUGGGAAGAAACCAUACUGCAAUGCACACUAUCCCAGGACACACUUCACCGCUGUGGCCGACACUCCAGAGAACCGCCGCCUCAAAGAGCAGAGCAAGAUACAGAGCCAGGUUCACUACAGGGAGGAUUUUGAGAAGAAUAAAGGGAAAGGUUUCAGCGUGGUUGCAGACACGCCAGAGAUGCAGAGAAUCAAGAAAUCGCAGGAUCAAAUCAGCAAUAUAAAGUACCAUGAGGAAUUUGACAAGAAGAAGACUAUGGGAGUAGAUCUCCCACCCAUGCAGCCGAGCAACGCCAGCCAAGCCGCUUACCAGCAGCCUGCAGCCGCUAAGAACUUCAACUAUGAUCCCGUUCCUGAACCAGUGCAGGCCGCCGCCCCUCCUCCCAGUACAGGGAAGCGGUACCGGGCCGUGUAUGACUACGUCGCGGCCGAUGACGACGAGGUGUCCUUCGUGGACGGAGACGUGAUCGCAGACGUGCAGCAGAUCGACGAGGGCUGGAUGUACGGCCGCGUGGAGCGCACCGGCAGUCUGGGCAUGCUGCCCUCCAACUACGUGGAGGCCAUCUGAGCCAGCAAGCAAGCAAGCGAGGGAGGUGGGGGGGGGGGGGGGAAUUAAAAGGGAGGGUAAAGAAAAAUGAAGUAGAGAGGGAGGAAAGGAAAAGCCCAGUGCCAUCUCAUCUUAACGCCGCUUUCUCUUUAUUUUACUCUUGUUCCUGAAUCUGUCCUGUGAGACCCUGAACGCCACUCCCAUCCCCUUCUCUGGUCUCUCCUCACUGCUCCAACACAGAAGCCCUUUACCUGUCUGUCCUUCUGUCCGUCUGCCUCUUUGACCGUUUGUCUGUGCUGGGGUCUGUCCCUGUUUUUGGAUGUUUGUCAUCCUCUGUUUUUCCAAACCUGGCUCUACUCACAAGUGCUGUCACGAGGGGAAAAAAAAUUAAAGUCUUAAAAGGUUCAUCGCAGUAUGCCGUGUUCACAGCUCCAUUCUAGCUACAGCGCUUGCAAUCCUAGCAAUAUAUCCUGCAAAAAUAUAUCAAGAAAAAGAAAAAUGUAAAAAGCUCUUCUCCCCCUACGGGUCAGUCGUCACAGCCACAGAAAUUGUUCUGCGGAGAAAAUAAGUUUAACGUGUGGUUGGGUAUGGCAUUUAUUUUAUAGGUUUUUUUGUUUUCAUUUUUCAGCGUAAUCUUGGCCAGACUGGAAAUGCAGUGUAGAAUCUCAGUCUAUCAGAACGAAGCUUGAAAUAUUUGACUUGUGUACAUUCCUUUAACCUCUCACAGUGUUGCUGUUGCACCAGACAGUCAUCAUUCCUAACAGAGGGGUUUUUAAUAUAUUUAUAGAUAGACACACACGCACAUCUCACCAUUGUGUGCUGGAAGAGGCUCCCUGGCCUGGUUCAUUGUAGUGAAACUGGAAUGGUAGCCUAACUGAAGAGCAUCUUCUGUCUGCCGUGGCCUUUGCUCAGGCAGCGCAGGAGGGAUCAGGGAGAAGUUAGGGGACAUUAUCGGUCUGUCUCUUGCAGCCACACUGAAUACGUCACCUCAGUCGGUGCGGAUGUUUCGUAUGUACGCCAUUUAUUCCUGUUUCUUGUGGUCUGAAUGCCUUCCGCCAGAGAAUCCCAAAGUUAUGGUGAUGAAGGUUAAACUGUCUGGAGAAAGGAGAUGGAAACAGUUCAAGCCCCCCCCCCCCACCCCCUUGCUGCAAAAUCACCAAGAAAACAUGUUCAUAGAAGAGAAGGCCAAGCACAGUUCUAGAUUGUGAAUCCUUUUUUUAACAUCUUAAAUUCAUUCCACUAGUUUUCGCGUCUUUAUUUUCCAUUUAAUGUGAGAAAUUGUUAAAUCCAUGGCUGUGGUAAAUCUCAUUCUCAUGCUGUUCUUCCUUUGCCUUUCUUGUUGUAAGAUGAUGAUGAUUAUUAUUUUUCAAAACUGUAUUAAAUAAAUAAACCAGCAACUCAGUUUAUGAACCAAGGCCGGCGUGUUUGUCUAGACUUGUGCAGUCGCAGUAUUUCAUCAGUUGUACGAUUUUAAACUCGGCGUUUUCAUGUGGACACAGUGGCGGCAUCUCGGGCCCGUUUCUGAUCAGCGGAUCUCUGAAGCUGUUAAUCUAAGAAAGGAUAAUGUUACAGAAUGGCAUUUAAAAAACAAAAUUGUACUUCAUUUUAUACUCGGCCCUUUUUAGUAAAGCCAGGCCUGUCACCUGUCUGUCAGUGCAGAGCCAUUUCCUUAUGACCGGUGAGCCCCCAAAUAAUAUUUUUUUUUGUAUGUUUAACCAGUCAAUCUGCUAAAAUUUAGCCGUAUUUGGUUGGUGGUGGUUGCUAUGGUGACGGUUGGUUUAUAAACACAAGAUCAAGCAUUAUUGUUGCUGGCUAUUAAACAGAAAUACUGUAUCAUUCCUUCAUUGUAGAUGCUGUCUUUCUGUGAGGAGGAUGUGUAUUCAAUUUUUUUUAAGUAUAUUUGACCAUUUUUCAUUGGUGUAAAUGAGGUCAUUGUCCCCCCCUUUGUUUCAUUCUCCCGUGAUGCACCGUGACAUCACGCACAUGAGCGAUCAGGGCGUUUUUAAUGUGUGGAGGGGAAAUGUUCAGCUUUAUUAAAAGAAACAAUUCUCUCACUGUGUAGCUAGAUGUUGUACAAUUAUAUGUAUCAUAAAGGUAAGUUAGGGGGCAAUGUUUUUACAGCUCAUGGUGCUCUGGGAAGCGGUUUGCCUUCAGAUUAAAGUAGUUUGUUUUUGGUGAAUGUGGUUUAGGGGAAAUGGGGACAAUAAAUUGUGACUGUGCUGAUCACUGAAUUGGAAACCAGUAGGAUAAUAGCUUUGCAAAGCAAAACAAAGUGCGUUUGCCUGUAUUUUGCAUUUACCGCUACUUAACAGGACACAUGUAUUGGCAGAACAGACGCCACAUAGGAAAGCUGUUCUAGAGCUCACGGUUGUGUUCCACUUGGUUAAACUGGAGAGUUGGUCACAAGUGAAAUGAUUGUUGUUCCUGGUUUGUCAUUUACUUUGAUAAGGACGCAGCUCCCACUGUUACUUACUGCAGAUUACAUACAAUUCAGACUCUUCCACCUCAACGGUGUUUAUUUUAACUGUUGGUGAUCUGGUUCACCAAAAAAAAAAAAAUUAAAGUGGGCAGUGUUGUUUAAGUAUGACUAGUGUUUGUGAGGGGGGGGGGGUGAUGGUGGUGAUCUGAUGCCCUCAAUCUCCCAGGCAGUGAGGCAGGGCAAGUUGUUCGUCUGACCUGGUUAUUAGUCAGGGGGUUGACCUCUUAGCACCAAAUACCGCUCGUCUUCUCUGGCAUCGCUCAUCUACUGAGUAGUGACUUCAUAUCUUGACCCCAUUUCCAUUCCGUCUGUCUAGUAUCCUGCGCCCCCCCCCCCACCCUCCCCCUUUCCUCGCUGAGAUCAUUGUAUGCUCCUGCACUUCUGAAUCAUUCCCUGCUCCUAUGAUACUGGUUACAUACUGUAGACUUUGCGGAGUGAAAUCAUGUAAUCCACAAUCAGGUUUAAAAUUCCGACAGGUUUUGUGCAUUCCACCGUUAAAUUGUUUUUGUUUUUUUUGUAUAAUUUUUUUGUUUUUUUAAAUAAACAAAUAAAGACAGCAUAUGCUCAUUGACAUAGAUGUGUAUUCAAAGCUCAUUCUGAAUACAUAGUCACAAUCAAGGACCUGAUAUCAUCUCCUGUUACUUCAAAUUGUACUUAUGAUUCUGACAAUUCAAUAAAAUGUCUUUUUUUUUCUCAA